AAAAUAAAAUUGAUUUUCACAUAUGCAAAAGUGCACUUUACAGCUGAUUUACCUUCGAGGAAUUUUUAUCGUCGACUCGGUGCUCGAACGCCGAUUUCGUCGGAGAAUCCAAAGAUCCUGAAGACGUGCCAUCUGGUUCCGCGUUGACAGAUGAGGUUAACGCUGCAGCGAGCAGCGCAAUUAGCAAUAAUGACAGGUGUCGAGGAUCGAUCGUAGCCAUAUCCGAUCGCGUGGCGGAUCGGUAAUUUCAGGAGGAACUCUCCGAUGUAUUUAUGCGAACGAAAAAAAAACUAAAAAUAAAAAAAUAAAUAAGCUGAACCGAGAGGCCAACGAUUGCAGCGUAUUUAAUCCAUGGCCGCCGUGAACUAUCGUUAAAGGGGAUCUGUUCGUCUUUCGCAGCUCGCAAUUUCUACAUUUAUCCUCUCUUUCUCCCUCUCUUCUUUUCUUCUUCUCUCUCUUUCCCUCCUUAGCCCCUUCCUAAAUUAAGAUAACUAUAUAGAGAGAGGAGGCUGACAGAGAUGUAGCGCGUUUGACAUCGUUUGACAUUCGUUUCACAUUGCGUUUUAAAUCUUUAGAUCUCUAGAUCUGUAAAUAGUUAUCUCGUUAAAACGCAGGAAAAUACGAUUUGAUCGUUUUUUUUUGGCACGACGCAUAUUACAAAUUUAAGACACUUGGAAGAUUAAUAUAGAGCUCUGCGAAAUCGAUGAUCCACAAUCGUUAAGAAAUAAAGACACAAGAUGCGUAGCAGAAGCAACUCCGGUGUCCGUUUGGACUAUUACCAAAGGAUCGUUCACAAAAUAAUCAUGAAUUAUCAGAAUCCUGUCACCGGGCUCUUUCCUGCAAGUCCUGAUAAUGAGCACGCUUGGAUACGAGACAAUGUUUACUGCAUACUUGCAGUGUGGGGUCUGUCGAUGGCCUACAAGAAGAUAGCAGAUGCCGAUGAAGACAGGGCAAAAACUUAUGAAUUGGAGCAAAGCUGUGUGAAGCUAAUGAGGGGUCUGUUGAUGGCAAUGAUGCAACAAAAGGAAAAGGUGGAGAAAUUCAAAUCCAGUCAAAAUCCACACGAUGCCUUGCAUGCAAAGUAUAGCUCUGUUAGUGGCCAGACGGUAGUUGGAGAUACUGAAUGGGGACAUCUCCAAAUCGAUGCUAUUUCUCUGUAUCUUUUAAUUCUGGCCCAAAUGACAGCCUCUGGCUUACAGAUUGUUUUCAAUUUAGAUGAGGUGGCAUUUAUUCAAAACUUGGUAUUUUACAUCGAAUCCGCCUAUUGCACACCGGAUUAUGGGAUUUGGGAGAGAGGAGAUAAAACUAAUCACGGCUUGCCGGAAUUAAACGCAAGUAGCAUUGGUAUGGCCAAGGCCGCGAUGGAAGCGAUGAACGAGUUGGAUUUAUUUGGCGCGAGAGGUGGACCUACAUCCGUCAUCCAUGUUCUGGCCGACGAAGCACAGAAAUGUCAAGCAGUGCUGCAAUCCAUGCUGCCGAGAGAAUCAAACUCCAAAGAGCUGGACAGUGGUUUAUUGGCGAUCAUAAGUUUCCCUGCAUUUGCGGUGGAUGAACCUAACUUAAUUCACGAGACACGAGACGCUAUCAUCAAGAAAUUGCAAGGACGAUAUGGUUGUAAACGAUUUCUGAGAGAUGGAUAUAAAACGCCAAAAGAAGAUAUAAACAGACUGUACUAUGAACCAUGGGAACUUCGUAUGUUUGAAAAUAUCGAGUGCGAGUGGCCGCUGUUCUUCUGUUAUUUAAUAUUGGACUAUUGUUUCCAAGGCAAUAAAGAAACAGUUGAGAUGUGCACUAAGCAGUUGGAGGGUGUAAUGAUUAAAACAGAUGAUGGUAUGAAAUUGGUGCCUGAAUUAUAUUCUGUUGCACCUAAGGAUGUAGCAGCGGAAUACGCCGAACCUGGGAGUCAGAGUCGAAUUCCUUUAGGCAAAUGCCCAUUUAUGUGGGCGCAAUCUCUUUAUAUCCUAGGAAAAUUGCUGCAAGAAGGAUUUCUCGCUGUUGGGGAGUUGGAUCCAUUAAACAGGCGACUGUGCAGUGAAAAAAAACCGGAUGUAGUGGUGCAAGUAGUUAUUUUGGCGGAAGAUACAGAAAUCAGAGAAAAAAUUGCACAGCACGAUAUUCAUGUGCAAACAAUCGCAGAGGUUGCGCCGAUCGAAGUACAGCCUGCAAAAGUCCUGAGUCAUCUGUACACAUAUCUAGGACGUAACAAGAAACUAGGCUUAUCCGGACGUAAGUCAAGAGAUGUAGGAAUCCUCAGCACUAGUAAACUGUAUUCCUUGCACGAUAAGAUAUUUGCGUUUACGCCGCAGUUGACAGAUAUGACCCGCUUCUACAUCGCAUCGGACUAUGAGCUCAUGAUUGACAUAUUCAAAGGUGAAAUUAAUUUCUUGAAGUCUAGUUGGCAGAAUAUGUUGGGCCGGCCUCUCGUGGUCAUGCCCCUCAAGAAUAUUCAUCUAGAUCAGGGUAAAAUACCAUUAGCCAUGAUAACUACUAUGAAGAAACUCAAGAGCGGCUACAUCAACGGUACGAGAGUGUCAUUAGGAAAUUUGAAUGAUUUCUUAAGCACGUCAUGUAUUACAAAUCUUAGUUUCUUGGGGAGUUCUGAGGAUGGUCGUCCUGACAAACUAAAUCCUCAGAUUCAACAAUAUUUGGAGGAACAUCUAAUGCGGCCAUUCCCUCAUCGUACAGGACUUCUCAAUAAGCCGGGCCCAAUCCGUACAGGGAAAAAUCUACGGCGCAGAAUGUCAGUAAAAGGGGCAAUAAAAAAGACACGAUCCAUAGCUGUCGAACCUGCCAUGAUUUUUACCAUCUUCCAAGAAUUCGAAAUUCUUGGGAUGGCAGGGGAAGACCGUAGACACUCUACCGUUUUAAAUGCAAAUCCAUUUAUUGAAGUGACGGACACUACAUUAUCUCUUAAUUCCACUCAACCACCGAUGACGAUUGAGCGCACACCAUCACCAACGGAUGAGCUAUUAUCGUGGAGAAAUUCUUCGAAAACUAGACACAAAACAACAUCCGAGACCCAGUACGCUGAAACCGAGGUGGAGGAAUUACUGUCUAUGCUUCGCGAAACGGAGAGUCUCGAAGAACAAGGGGAUAUUCUGCAAUAUCUUGUAGAUUCGAAAGGAUUAUACUUUGACACAGGUGUGAAGGAAGAGGGACAUCCCGUUUUGGUGAAGGAUCUACUGAAGAGCCUUUACGAAAAAGUUUGUCAACAGAAAAUGUGGGGCAUUGUGCGACACAGCGCCGGCAUGUUGGGCAAAAGGGUGGAGGAUUUAGCGAAAGCGGUUACCGAUUUAUUAGUGCGUCAGAAACAAAUCACCGUUGGGAUGCCGCCGAAUAAUGAGCACACCAUAGUCGCGCCUUUGCCGGAGAACGAGCUACGAACUCUGAUCCAUCAGGCUUACGGCGACGACGAAUCGACGGCUAUGUUGACAGAGGAAUUGCUUGUUUAUUUAGCGAUGUUCAUUAGAACGGAGCCGCAACUGUUUCACGAGAUGCUGAGGCUGCGAGUGGGUUUGAUCAUCCAAGUCAUGGCAACGGAAUUGUCGCGAACGUUGAUCUGUACGGGCGAAGAAGCUUCCGAACACUUGCUAAAUUUAUCUCCCUUCGAGAUGAAAAAUUUAUUGCAUCACAUUAUGAGCGGGAAAGAAUUUGCCAUUAGUAGUGUUGGUCGCGGCAACUUUUCUGUUAUCAGUUGCAAAUCUAGCAGAGUCAGUAAGAAAUCUCAAAUUGGUGGUUUCUUAAGCGCGGAACAAAACGCCGAUAGUACCGAAGCAGAAGCCGAUCGACAAGGUCAAUGGUUACGAAGACGACGAUUAGACGGUGCACUGAACAGAGUACCAAGAGAUUUCUAUCCGCGUGUGUGGCAAGUACUUGAAAAGUGCAAUGGUCUAGCAAUUGAAGGAAGAAUGCUGCCUCAGAAUCUCACACAAGAAAUGACAUCUGGCGAGUUGAAAUUUGCAUUGGCUGUAGAAACAGUCUUGAAUACUAUACCACAGCCAGAAUAUCGUCAACUUGUCGUCGAGGCUCUGAUGGUAUUGACACUAGUAACUGAAUACAAUGUCGUACCGUCUUUAGGUGGUCUGAUCGAAGUUGAAAAUUUAGUACAUAAAGCAAAUGCUAUUUUCCUAGAAGAUCAGAUGACUAUUGAUGGUGAUGCAACAUUAUGUUGCGCAAAACCAAAGGAACAACGUGAAAUGACAGCUAUGGGAACACUUCUCUGUGGUGGAGCAGCAUAUAUUUGUCAACACUUUUAUGAUACUGCUCCCAGUGGAAGUUAUGGAACGAUGACAUACAUUACAAGAGCCAUCGCCUUAACACUUGAUUGUUUACCCAAGGAUGGCGACUUGGAAUGUUCAAUAUCGUAGUAAAUAUUAUUUUAGAGGUAAAUAAUCUUUAAUUGUGUAGCAAAAAUUGUUAAUAUAUAAAUAUUUCAGAUAAAAAUUUGCAUUGCGAUUUUUUAUGUAUAAGUUUCGCAUUGUGCAAUUAUUUUUUAACUGAACAUUUUUAUCUCAAUUGUGAGAAGAAAAUGACCAAAGUUAUUAUUAAUAAAUAUUAAUAAUUAUAAAUUGAGAAAGAACAUUAAAAUCAAUGUUAAACUUAUGCUUUGUUAUAUAUUGAAUUGUCUUGCAUAUUUUGAAAAAGUGGGAAAUGAGUCAGCAAUAUAUUAAGAGAAU